CGAACUACGUCAUUACGUACACUUGAAAACAACAUGGCGGAUUUCUAGUGUGUACGGAAACUUGUGGUCUUUCUUUACUAAAACGUAAACUGGAUAGCCAAAACUUUUUGUUUAACUAUCAAAUUAGGUUUUUAUCUCGCUAAACACUGUUAGCAUUUGGGCGUUGUUAGGACGAAACGCGUGUGUUUCCUUACCUCCAGUUGGCUAACUGUCGUUAUCUUCUGUUAGUUCGGUUUCUGUUGUACAGUGAUAGCUAAUUGUUUGUCCUGAAACUUUGCUUCUCGAAAAUAUAAAAUCAGACGCGCAAAAUCAUGGAAGUUUUUGUAACCGAUUUUUCAAUGCGACUUUGCCAAGUCCACCUCUCAUUUGGUGCUUCAGUCGGGGAUUUAACACAUGUCCUCUCUCGCGAGCGGGGAAUCCCACAUACGGACUUCUAUGUGAAGAGCAACGGACGGUUGUUGGGGGAAGAUGAGGAACUCCAGACGGGAGGGUGGUAUCGGCUGGAGCCGCGGCUUUGUGGAGGGAAAGGAGGUUUUGGGUCCAUGCUCCGAGCUCUGGGUGCUCAGAUCGAGAAGACUACGAACCGCGAGGCGUGCAGGGAUCUGAGCGGAAGGCGUCUCAGAGACGUCAACCAUGAGAAAGAGAUGGCAGAGUGGCUGAAGAAGCAGGCCGAUCGCGAGGCGGAGAAGGAGCAGCGUCGUCUGGAGCGGCUGCAGCGAAAGCUGGCGGAACCAAAGCACUACUUCAACGACCCCGAGUAUGAUAAACAGUGCCAGGACAUUUCCGAGCGCAUGGAGGAGUCCAUCAAAAAAGGUCUGCAGGCCUCAUCGAGUGGAACAUCAAGAGUCUCUCGGAAAAGACCCUCCCCUCACGGGGCGGACCCUGGGAAGAGGCCACGUAUCUGGCAGAGUGGGCUGGAUGAUCUCUCCAGUUCUGAGGAUGACAGCGAGGGCAGCGACGAGGGGACCUCCCCUUCCUCCUCCUCCUCCUCCUCCAGCAGCUCCGCCUCCCAACCCCACAAGCCCACACAGAUCCCCAGCACCUCCAGCUCCAGCUCCAGCUCUAGCUCUUCACAGAAGUCUCUAAAGGAAAUAACAGUGCCUGUGGCUCAGAUGGAGGCGGAGCCUGUGGCUCAGAGGGAGGAGAAGUCUGCGGUUCAGCGGGAGGAGCCUGUGGUUCAGAGGGAGGAGGAGCCUGUGGUUCAGAGGGAGGAGGAGCCUGUGAUUCAGAGGGAGGAGGAGCCUGUGGUUCAGGUGGAGGAGGAGCCUUCAGCUCAGAAGGAGGCGGAGCCUGUGGCUCAGAGGGAGGAGGAGCCUGCAGCUCAGAGGGAGGCAGAGUCUGCUGUUCAGACAGAGGCUCCAGCUCCAGUUUUGAGCGAGACACAACAGAUCACCCCCAGACCUGAGGAACACUCACAGGCUGAGAGCACUGCCACACCACCUGCAGACGUUGGGCCACUGGACCUCCAGACUGUAGAGGGCACUGCGGAGCUGGAGGCCCUGGGGAUGGAGAGGCUGAAGGCGGAGCUGAUGUGUUUGGGGAUGAAGUGUGGGGGUACCCUACAGGAGCGGGCAGCCCGGCUCUUCUCCGUCAGAGGCCUGGCCAAGGACCAGAUCCCCCCCGGCCUGCUCGCCAAGCCCAGCAAACCCAGGAAGAAAUAGAGCUGCUGGGAACCUUUCAACCCCCCCCAGGAAGAAAUAGAGCUACUGGGAAACCUUCAGCCCCCCCCCCAGAUAUGCAGGGACCCCUUCUGUACCACACACCCCUUCUUUUUUGUAUCAUGUGGGACAUUGAUUAUUCUUGCACACUGGAAGGGAACUUGAGUAUUUUCACAAAGCCAAAGUUCAGUUUAACUUUGAAUAUACAGUAAAAUGUUCAUGUAAAUAUUUAACAAUUUGAAGAGUAUAAGCAUUCAAAACAAUUGCCUGUUUUAUUCUCUAUAUAUUUUCCAUGUUCUUUAAGUCGCUCCCACAAGAACAUUAAAAUUAGUUUCUUACGCAAUAAAUGUUUUGCUGUACUGACCUUUUCAUAUCUGAUGUAACUGGUCAUGUGUCCAGUAUCUUUGCUUUUUUUUUUUUUUUUUUUUAAAUCAGUGACUUUUAUAAUGUAUUUUUUGGUGUCUGCGGUUUUUGUGGAUCAUUAAAUUCUGUGACUUUGUGAAAGCACGAAGGGAGAUGUGUUAUGAGAUGUGUCUCGAUGUGUAAUCAAUUUUUGUUUAGAUUUGUUUCAGAUCGUUUCAGAUUGAAAGUAAAAUUGAGGAAAUAUUUUGUAUUUUUAGCCCGAGAAAAAGCUGUUUAGCUGAGUGGGUAUAUAGCAGAAAGAGAAAGCAUAUUAAGCAUAUUUUCCUAAAUUCUGCUGUGUGUUUGUUCGAUUGGAGUCACUUGCUUACGCAUUGCUAUCAUUCAGUCGCAGCAACACGGACUAUUCUGAUAUGGCGAUAAGUUAACAGAUUUUAUCUCGGACGUUCAUAUUCACAUACACAAUGCAAUGCAAUAAAAAUAAACUC